CCGAAUUGUACCGAAAUAUUCCGAUGCCGACAACUUUUGUUCCCGUAACAGAACGUCAUCUGAAGGCAAUCGUUAUCAAUGAGAACGAUUUGCGCUUGAAACAAUGUCUGUGAAUUCAGUCAAUGACGACAUGGUGCAGGUGAAUGAAUCCCGGGAGUGGCAGGCGAAAACGGCCGGCUCGAUGCUGUACCAUGGGGGACCAGUCAACGCUAACGACAACCUCCCUUACCCCAGUAGUGUAACAUCAAAUGCAAUGGAUUCUGAAGAAACUACAAAAAUGUCUGCGGUCCGUCGUACCUUCUGUCUGUUUGUCACCUUUGACCUCAUCUUCACGUUCAUUUUGUGGGUCAUCUAUACGCAGUUGAUUGGUGACAAAGGGUUUACAGCCUUCAAUAACCAAGUUGCUCAAUAUGACUUCCGGUACUCCCUGUUCGACUCUGUGAUGAUGGCCGCCGUGCGACUCACAUUUCUGCUGUUAGCGUAUGCUUUGUGUCACGCAAACAACCGGUGGACUGUAGCGCUGACAACUUUGCUCUCCUGUAUUUAUCUCAUUUGCAAGAUAUUUUUGUUUGACUUUGGUAAAACUCAAAGUGCCAAGAAUCCGCUGAGUUAUCUAGUUCUGAUCAUAUCAUUUGUACUCGCCUGGGCUGAAACGUGGUGGCUUGACUUUCGAGUCUUGCCUCACGAGAAGAAGAUGAGAGAGAGAGCAAGAAGUGCAGGUCACAGCCAUGUUGUCACAGAGAGAACUCCACUGUUGCCAGGUGACCAGUCACGUGACGAUCCAAGCAGAUACUACUCUCCUGUUGAAUCACCAGAACAUUCGGAUGACGAAAAUCAGCCACACAAAGAACAGUUUCAGAGUCCAUCUCAGUCUCGGGGUCAUUCACGUCAGCCAAGCAGGUCUUUACUCGGCAAGGAGUGCAAUUAUGAGUCUCUUGCUCGGGGAGCCUGGGACAAAAUGUGGACGAUGGUCAACAUGCCGGACAGCGAGUGGAAGCACGAGAUGGGCUCGGACAACGUGAAGGGCUGGGUCCACACCAAACACUUCCCUCACCAGGGCAAAGUCUUUAGGUUACAGGGCCUGGUGGAUAUGAAUGUGAAUGAACUGUUUGAAGAAGUCACUCACCGAGUGUCCGAUUCACCGCAGUGGAACCCAACAGUCAUGGAGUGCAGGACACUAGAGCAUAUAGAUGACAGUACGGAAGUAUCAUACACUGUGUCGGCGGAAGCAGGUGGUGGGCUGAUCACGAGUCGAGACUUUGUCACGGUUCGCCGGUGGGGCAGUCAGAACGGGAUCUACAUGUCAGCAGGUCAAGCUGCCACACAUCCCGAGAUGCCGCCACAGAAAAAACACAUCAGGGGAGAGAAUGGAAUUGGUGGCUGGGUAUUCAAGCCGGUUCCUGGACAAACGAACAAGUGUUAUUUCGAAUGGUAUCUCAAUACUCAUCUGAAGGGAUGGCUGCCUCAAAAACUGAUUGAUACAACAUUAUCAAACAUUUUAGUCCAAUACCUCGAAUACCUCAGACGGCAUGUGGAUGACAUCAAACAGAGAAAAGGUGAAUCGUAGAGUUGAUCACGUGAUUGACACCUUCACAUGGUCACGUGACUGAUCCCCAUAAACGGUUACAAGAAAAAGUACAUUCAAUUUCAUUUUAAAGCAACUGAAUGACUGAUGAUCAACAUGUAUGUUUAAUUGUGCUCGUUUAUGAAAUACAGUGCCAGACAAAAUGUACCAGACAUGUCGUGGGGGAAAACGUCAAGUGUGGCUUCAAUCAUGUGACCGAUAUGCAUCCCUUGUCAGGGUUACAACUUGAAAAGUACAAUCAUCUUCAUUUUUUUUAAAAAGACAGAGUAACUGUGUGUAUUUUUAUGAAACAUGGUGACAGACAUCUUGCGGAAAAAGGUGUGGCUUGGAUCACAUGACAGAUGCACAUACAUUGUCAUGGUUACAACUUGAAAAGAAAAGUACAAUCAUCUUCAUUUAAAAAAAAAAGACUGAGUAACUGUGAGGGUGUUACUGUAUUUUAAUGAAACAUGGUGACAGACAUGUUGCGGGGAAAAGGAUGUAGCUUAGAUCACGUGACCAAAACCCAUAUAGUGUCAUGGUUACAAGUUACAAGUACAGUCAUCUUCAUUUUAU